AUGCCUUUCCUCAUCAAAGACGUGCGCAUCUUCGAUGGCGAGUCUACAAUCGAGAAUGGCUCAGUCUUGGUUCAGGAUGGCAAAAUCGCCCACGUCUCCCCGUCCCCAAUUCCUUUCUCCGGCACCACCAUAUCCAAACCAGGCCACACCCUCCUACCCGGCGUCAUAGACGUCCACAUCCACGCCAAUGGCGGUACUCCAGUGGCACUCCCUCAAGCUCUCCGCUUCGGCGUCACCACAGUCUGCGACAUGCACAACGAAUGGUACAACAUCCAGAAGCUCCACAAACAACGCGAGGGGGGUGACUGUGCAGACCUGAAAACGACCAGCUUCGCCGCAACGAUCGAUAUGGGUUGGCCGAUGCCUAUUGUCCUCAUGCACGAUCCGUCACCCCAAACGCAAGCCGAGGUCGCAACCUGGCCAAAACUCAAGACUCCUGCAGACGCGAAGCAAUACAUCUCCGACCGGCUAGCUGAAGGCGUCGAUUACAUCAAACUCAUGCACGAAUCCGGCACAGUCAUGGGUCAGACUUUCAACAAACCCACCUUAGACCUCCAAAAAGCCCUCAUAGACGAAGCCCACGCCCAUAACCUCUUCGUCGUAGCCCACGCCACCUGCCUCUCCGACACCUUAGAAAUCCUCUCCCUAGGCGUCGACGGUCUGACGCACACCUUCAUCGACCAGCCCCCAACCCCCGACCUAAUCGCCGCCUACACGAAGAACAACGCACACUGCAACCCCACCCUCGCAGCCAUGGGCUCCGGCACAUCCGAAGGCCUAGCAACCCAAGAGCGCUUCGCACACGACCCACGAGUUCAACACCUCAUCUCCGCAGAAGGGCGCGAGCAAAUGUGCCACUGCAUGUCCUUCGCCAAAUCCUCCAGCUCCAAAUGCGCCAACGCCUACGAAACCGUGCGCCAACUCAAAGCAACCGGCGUUCCGAUCCUGGUAGGCUCCGACGCUGCUGGUCCAGCGGUGGGGACCGCUUACGGUCUUUCGACACAUCAAGAGAUGGCGUUGCUCGUGGAGCAGUGUGGGUUUACGCCCAAGGAGGCGCUUGAGGCGGCGACGAGGGUCAAUGCGGAGAGGUUUGGGUUUGGGGAUAGGGGGAUGAUUAAGGCUGGGAUGAGGGCGGAUUUGGUGCUUGUUGAGGGGAAUCCGUUGGAAGGGUUGGAGUGUAUGUUGGAUUUGAGGGGGGGUGUGGACGGAGGGGAGGGUCUGUGGUGUGUAUAG